GCAAUGUGAAAAAUAUUUUCGAAGUGAGCGGUUGGUUUGAUCGUGAUCGUAUAAAAGUUAUAAGACUGCAUACCCUUUUUUAUAAAUUGUGAAUUAAAUAAAAAAUAUUGACAAUUUAAAGACAGUGUCAACAGUGUUUUGGAGAAAGUAUAGCAAAUUAAAAAAAAAAAUAGUGUGCAUAAGGCGCAAUUAAAUUAUCAAAAAUUUCAAAAACGAGCAGAAGUUGUGCACAAAAGUGAAUAUGUCAGACAACAACAGUGACACCUCCGCCCAACAACAACAGCGCGCAAAUGGCACAGAACGCUCCCCAUCGACUGAGGAGAAGGAAAUCCCACGCGAACCAGCUCUAGUACAUAAAGACAUCAAUAUAAAGACUGAAUUGGAAUGCCUCGUCAGGUUGCUCGAUGGCAAAAUCUACAAAGAUGAAGAGACUGCUAUGGAGGAAUUGCAUCAGUAUCUGAUCGAAGAUGAGGGCUCUUGGGUAUUAGGCGAUAAUUUCCUCGUUUUCGUGCAACGGGUUUUGCGUGAAGAUAACUUUUCACCCGACACACGUGUGCAUUUAAUACGUACAUUGGCUUACGCUGCACUGAAGGAUGAUGUCAUCAUUAUAUUGCAUCAAGAUCGACGCGAUCAUUCGCUCAUGAAUUAUGCACAAGACAUUGAGAAGCAUACACCCGAAGAGCAACAAGCGUGGGCGAUGUUUAUGUGUAAUCUCUUUGAGAAUAUUGGACCCUCCGAAUGGUUGCUUUAUAUCUCCGAGUGGGAUUAUUUAGGUCAAACAAUAUCAAAUAUACGCGUCACAACCAAAGUGGCGGUGCAUUGUAUACUCUCUAAUUGUCCACAAUUGAAGAACAGUGGUUCGAUGAUGCUCUACAACAUUGCUAUAAAGGAGGUGAAGACAGUGGUCUUUGAUGAUAUCGCUGUGGAACUGGCUAUGGCCAUUCUGCAAUUCUUUCAAAGCAAUCCAGUGGAGGAACAAGCUUUCCGCACGCUUAAAGCACUGGCGCGUUUCCUCGAGGUAUCCGCUGAUGUUGCUGCCAUCAUACAGAUGAUCGGUCCACAUCCUAAACAAUUUGCCGGCAUGAGCGAACGUGUCGAUGAGCUGGUGAAUAAAAUUAGCCGCAAGGUGCCCGCUUAAAGUAUAUGAGCACUUGCCACUGCAGUUCAAUGAUGUUUAAAACACAUUUAUUUCUUAUUUUUUUUUUAAUAAUUUAUUAUGCGUUCAAAAAACUUUAUUGCCAUAAGCACUUUUUCUAAAGUAAUACAAGCGAUUUUUAUAAUAAAACCAUUAUUAAGAAAACAUAAAA